CUGCUGAUUACUGAAACCUGCAGGAUUGCUGGAGCACUUGAUCAACAGAAUGACAGCCUAUAUUUAAGUAUUAAAGUGAUAGAUAGAUAGAUAGAUAGAUAGAUAGAUAGAUAGAUAGAUAGAUAGAUAAACAGGGGCGGUUCAAAUAUUAUAAUGUGGCAGUACUCGUUCUGACGUGACGUGUACUUCCUUGAAGGGUGGUGCGUUACUUUCAGGAAACAAUUGUUAAAGUAAACAGCGUAUCAUCAAGCUGGACAACUUGCCGAAGCGCUGACAAAUAAAGAGGGGCCAGAGUGUCACGAACGCGGACAUGGAGACGAGUGCUUACGGUGCAUCGCUGGCCGGUGGAGCCUUUGAUUUCUGGAGCUUUCUAAAGCGACCGCAGACUAUCGCCAGGCUGUUCAGUUGGCUCUUCGCCAUAGUGGUGUUUGCUACCAUAGUUUCUGAAGGCUACAUGAAUGAACAGCAUGAAGACAUCACUAAAUGCAUGUUCAAUCAGAAUGAAAGUGCUUGCAGCUAUGGAAUUGGUGUUGGGAUUUUAGCUUUCCUGGCCUGUGUUGUCUUCAUUGUGCUGGAUGCCUACUUCCCCCAGAUCAGCAAUGCCAACGAGAGAAAAUACAUUGUGUUGGGUGAUCUUUGUUUCUCUGGUGUGUGGACAUUCCUGUGGUUUGUGUGUUUCUGCAUCCUAGCCAAUCAGUGGUCUCACACUACUCAAUCAGCCGUCCUAGCUGAUGCAGCUCGAGCUGUGGUGGCCUUUUCCUUCUUCUCCACUGCCACCUGGGCCCUUCUUACUGUGUUCGCAUUACGACGAUACCGCCAAGGGAUGGACGAGGUUGGCCUAGGCUACAAUGAUCCAUCCAGUGACCACACUUCCCCGUACCCUUCAGCAUAUACUGGUGCUCCAGAAGGUUACCAGCAGUCCCCAUUCACCGCCAGUCCUGCGGGACAGGGAGGGUAUCAGCCUCCCGCAUACUGAGGGUGAAGGCAUUUUAACGCUUCUGAGAGGCUCACCUGUGUGGACUGUUUCAUACGCUCCACUUUUUCCUUUUCCAUAAGAGUUGAAAUUGUGACCUGGGAUUGGUGUGCUUCGCUGGUGUGUUUUUUCAUGUCUGAAAAAAAAAAAAGUUAUUUAUUUUUAUUUUCUUCGGAUGCAAAUUCUACACAUAACCCUAAGUGUAAAAGUUCCUCGCACAUCUGCAGAAUUAUCUCGCUAAUUUCUCCAAAUUAGAUUCUGAAAACCAGAUUCAACACCAGCUGCAGUUUUUACAUUUAUGAAACGGAUGGAAUUUACUUUAUUCCAUGUCUUGAAUGCACAAUCACAUAAUGUAGGAAAAUCUACAGAACUGACGUGCCUUAAAAGUAGAAUCGAAAACAAAAUUCCUCAUAUGCAGACAAUAGAAAUUGAACAGACUCUCUGUGCCAAAUACAUUACCACAAUUGAGUAAUUCUUUAAAAGCAUUGCUUUGCCAUAUAUCACAUUUUUGGAAAGUAUGCACUAAAUAUAUUGCCAAAUGGCUUUAUUAACUGCUAACUUCAGUUUUGUUGAGGCUAGAAUAGAUUACUGAUGAAUAGUU